UUGUGCAGGUAAGAAUGAUAUUUGUCCCAGUUGGUCUGAACAUGAAGAAAGACUGACAUAAAUUUGGAGAGCUACAGUGUUCUACUGUUGUUUGUUGUUGUCAUGGACACCUCUAGCCCUUGACGACCGCCUAGGUUCCGCGCAAGCGCAGAAUCCGCACAGCGGAGGAUUGUGGGACAGAAAGCUAUCGCCAGGGCAACAAGCAGAGUUUAGCGAGCGGAAAUCUGCUGCUAGCAGAACAGUAAGGGCGAUUAAUUAUCAAAGAAACAUCUUUUACACUAAAUACCGUUUUAGUUUGUUGCCAUGAACGAAUCUGUAGCCAAAAAGACCCAGGAGACUCUGGGAAAAGUGAUCAAAAAGCCUCCUCUGACAGAAAAACUGCUCAGCAAACCGCCGUUUCGAUACCUGCACGAUGUCUUCAGUGAGGUAAUACGUACCACAGGCUUUAUGAAAGGACUUUAUGGAGAAGCAGAGAUGAAGGCAGAUAAUGUGAAGCUCUCCAGUGAUGAGGCUGUUAGGCGGGUGUUAGCAGGAGACAAGCUGGAUCAGAAAGGGAAGCCCAGCACCUCCAGGUCCCAGGACAAGGAGAACAGAGAGGGCAGGGAGCGCCACCAAGACCGAGAGGAGAGGAAAGGCAUCAAGGAGAGCAGCGGGAGCCGAGAGCAGAAAGAUCCAGAUCAACCGAAAGAUCAAGAGAGCAAGAGGGAUGACAAGGACCGCCGGCGAGAUGCCGAGAGAUCUGACAAGGGACGCGAAAGAGACCGGACAAAAGACAGAGACAAAGACAAAGACAAAAGCCGGGAUCGGGAGAAAGACAAGACCAGAGAGAAGGAGCGUGAGAAGGAGAAGGACCGUAACAGGGACAAGGAGAGAGAACGAGAUAAAGAGAGGGAUAAGAAAAGGGAACGGGAAUCUCACAAAGACAGAGAACGAGACAAGGAGAGAGAUCGCGAGCGUGCGAAACGACGGGAGAGAGAAAAAGAUAAAGAACGACACAGAGAGACAGACGAGAAGCUAAAGGACAGAGGCGAUAGAAAGAUCAAGGCAGCAGAGGAGAUCAGCAAGCCAAAGCCUCACCCAGAGGUUGUGAGUAAAACACAUGAAGCUGAAGCAGAUGAGGCUGAGGGCGGUGAACUGGAGCCUACAGAUCUCUCUGAAAUCCAGGCUGAGAGUCCUUCCCGGAUCCCAAGGCCCUCAUCGGCUAAAGGACAGCGGCGGUGGCCCAAAACAGGAGGUCAAGAUGAGACUGAGAGUGAAGGAGAAGGGGAAGCCCCUUCAGCAGAGAAACCAGUGCCUAUUGAGAAUGGAGACACAACAAAUUCUGUGCCACCUCAAACAACACAUAGACUAUUACCGCGACCUAGCAGCGCACGACCGGCAGCCCCCCGUGUCAAACGACAGGAGAGCUACGCUGAUGUGACCCCAGCAGAGAGGCUGGGCAGUGGCAAGACUCCUGCGACUGUCAUUUUGGAUGGCAAGAAGCUCUCUGAAGAUGAGGAUGAUGAAGAUGGGCAGUUUGUGGUGGAGGAGGCAGCUGCGCCUCCUCCUGACAUACCUGAAAUUGAGCGUAAUUCACUUGAACUGCAAGAGGAUGACAAACACGGUGGACUUGUGAAAAAAAUCCUAGAGACAAAGAAAGUCUACGAAUCAUCUCCAUCCACAAAGUCUAAAGAACAGGAUCGGUCACUGGUGUCGGAGGUGUCUCGUAAGAAGGAACGUGAAUUGGUGGCGAAGGAGAUCGAGCGCCUGCGUUCGUCCAUACAAACGGUGUGUCGCAGUGCUCUGCCUCUGGGUAAGAUCAUGGACUACAUUCAGGAGGAUAUGGACUCCAUGCAGAAUGAACUGCAGACGUGGCGCAAAGAGAACAAGGAGAAUGCACAGGCUCUGCUACAGGAACAAAGAAUUACAGACAGCGUUGUGGAACCUCUGAAGGCUGAGCUCGCUGAACUAGAGCAGUUAAUCAAAGACCAGCAGGACAAGAUCUGCGCAGUCAAGUCCAGUAUCCUGAAGAACGAGGAGAAGAUCCAGAAGAUGGUAUCCAGCAUUAGCUUCUCCUCACAAACGUGAAUACCAGCACAUCCCAAAAGAAACCUGAAGCACUGAGCAGCAGGGAGAGCUCCUGUCUAAUAGACCUGAUGUCUUUGAGCAGCACUGGAGAGAGUUCAGAAGGUGCAGGUACAGUCAGGAGUCACUCUCCUCAAACCCCCUUCAUGUAAGGUGCCUUCUGUAAGACCCAGGAUCUGUUUGCGCUGGUCCAUUGGGAUUCUCAAACACACUCAUACGUCUGCAGUAGAUUUGCACUCAUCACUUGCUUGUAAGAUAAAUGUGUGUGGUCACCAUACUGAUGUGUCCUUUAUUUUUUUUAAAUAGGACUUCAAUUGAUCUCCAUGUUCUCUUAGGAAAACAGAUUGACUGGUUUAUUUUAUUUUUAUUUUGCUUUUUUCCAUCCAGACUGACAAGUGUUUUUGU